AUGUCGCAAUCAGCCUCACAAACCGACAACAUCAAGGCCGAAGCAGAGACGCAGGAUGUUGCAAUGGAAGACGCACCAGCACCAGCACCAGCAGCAGACAAGGCCAAAGUAAACCUUGAAGAACUGUUCGAUGAUGACUCGGACGACGAAUUCAAUUCAAGUGCACCAGCAGCAACGUCACAAGAAGAUGCCUCAAAUUCAGUACCAAUUAACGUCACAUCUAAAUCCUCCUUCUCCGAUCCUGAUGUCAUGCGAGCCUUCUACCAACGCCUCUUUCCCUUCCGUCCCCUCUUUCAAUGGUUGAACCACUCCGCAACGCCCAGCAACGACUUUGCACACCGCGAAUUCGCUUUCACACUACCCAACGACGCAUACCUACGUUACCAGUCAUUCCCUACAGCGGAUCUACUACGAAAACAAUGUAUCAACAUGCUGCCCUCGCGUUUCGAAAUUGGGCCCAUGUACAGCACAAACCCACGGGAUAGGAAGACGCUACGGAAAGCCAGCGCCUUCCGCCCACUCAUGAAGGAACUGGUAUUUGAUAUCGAUAUGACGGAUUACGACGACAUCAGGACAUGCUGUACAGGUGCGAGUAUCUGUCUCAAGUGCUGGGGUUUCAUCACCAUGGCCAUCAAAACAAUCGACGUCGCCCUCCGCGAAGACUUUGGCUUCAAGCACAUCCUCUGGGUAUACUCGGGUCGUCGCGGUGCCCACGCCUGGGUCUGCGACAAGCGCGCACGCGAGAUGGACGACCAAAAACGCCGCGCCAUAGCCGGCUACCUCGAGCUCCUCAAAGGCGGCGACCAAGGCGGCAAAAAAGUAAUGGCUCGACGACCCCUCCACCCCCAUCUCGAACGCAGCCUCGCUAUCCUAAAAGAACACUUCCAAACCUCCAUACUCGCAGACCAGGACCCCUGGGCCUCUGAAGAAAAAGCCGCACACCUCCUCACUCUCAUCCCCGAUACCUCCCUCAGAGCCGCACUACAGAAGAAAUGGGACUCUGCCCCCAACCGCCCCAGCGCAUCCAAAUGGUCCGACAUCGACGCCCUCGCCAAAUCCGGCCAUUUAUCAAAAUCACCAAAGGACCUCCUCGAAGCUAAACAAGACAUCAUCCUCGAAUACACAUACCCCCGUCUCGACGCUGAAGUCUCCAAGAAACUAAACCAUUUGCUCAAAUCGCCGUUUGUCAUUCACCCUGGUACAGGCCGCGUCUGUGUGCCGAUUGAUACACGGACGGUGGAGGAUUUCGAUCCCCUGAGUGUGCCGACGAUUACGCAGUUGUUGGGCGAGAUUGACGAGUGGAAAGGAGGCGACGACGGGAAGAAGGUGCAAGAUUGGGAUAAGACGAGUUUGAAACCGUAUGUGGAUUUUUUUAGAAAGUUUGUCGCGGGUUUGAUCGAGGAGGAGAAGGGGGUGGGGAAGAGGGAGAGGGAGGAAACUGGGGAUGCUAUGGAGUUUUGA